GAGCUGCACGCCCUGAAACCGGGGAGGGAAAAAAACACUGAUGUCGCUGCUUGAUGACGUCUCGGAGAGCCUAAAUGAAUCGCUAUGGCAGGCCAUGCUAGCGAGCUUGAGAUUGCAAAGAAAAAUUUGACUGAUGCCAUCGGCGAUAAUGUUAAGCACUACUGGGCAAACCUGAAGCUGUGGUUCAAACAGAAGAUCAGCAAGGAGGAGUUUGACAUUGAGGCACGUCGACUUUUGGCCCAGGAUAAUGUCCAUGUUCACAAUGAUUUUCUCCUGGCCAUUCUCACACGUUGCCAGAUCAUCGCCUCCACUCCUGAGGGAGCAGGGUCAUUGCAGUGGACAGGUGGCUCUGCUUCAAAGCCUGGCAAACCAAAAGGAAAGAAGAAAUUCUCCUCCAGACAAAAAUUUGAUCAUCGCUUCCAGCCUCAAAACCCUCUGAGCGCUGCCCAGCCUUUCAGCCCACGGGAGGUGGGAGGCGAGGAGGAAGAGCUGCGACUGAGUGCACACACUCUGCUGCUGCCCACACGGGGUCAGCUGGAGGCCCGCAUGAUGGUGACGGCCUUUGAGCUGGGCCUCGACAAUGUCACAGAGGAAGCUGUCAGCACUAUGAUCUAUGCUGUGGAGCACCACUUGAAAGAUGUCCUGACUGCCGUCAUCACCCGGAGAAAGGCAUAUCGGUUACGUGAUGGUCACUUCCCCUAUGCCUUUGGCAGUGAUGUCACACCACAACCUUACCUGAAGAACAGCCUUGCUGCUUACCACAGUGUCACUGAAUGCCCUCCUCCAAGUGCUUCUCUUCCUGCUGGCCCACCACCGCAAGUGUCACCUGAUGAAGCCGAACAACAAGCUGUUCACUUAUUGGCUUGUUCGGCUGACAGCCUUCCUGCACCCCUCCCUCCAAUUAGCAUGUUUGAUCUCUUGGAGGCUUUACAGGUUCACCGUGGUGUGAUGCCCUCACACACUAUGUACGCCCUGAACAUGGAGCGCAUCCUGUCACGGCUUUGGCACCCCAGCCAUGAAGAACUAGAGCAGGACCACGUGCACCGGCAACGCCUUGCCGGGAAGGAGGGCGUGCUCGUCAGCUGAGACACACUGACACAGGCAAAGAUGGACUAUUAAUGCGAUCAGCAACAACAAAAAAGGAAGCCAGUCAUUUCCAAAGUGAAAUUAAAGGGGAUCAAUGUGUCCAAAAACUGAAAACCUGAAAAUGUCUGGAAAAAUAGCAUCACCAGUGGACAGAAAGAUAUUGUAGAACAUGGAGUAGAGCACUUUGGAUGCAGGGGUGAUCAGUUAAUGCCAACCACAAACCAAAUGCAGGCAAAUGAUAACUGUGUCCAGUAUAUUUGUCUGCUCUACCAGCCACUUUGGUGGGGCAAGCAGCCAUCAUCUCAAAAAACCUGUUCUGUAAAAUUGUGGUGAAAGUGGUGCCUGGUUAAUUUUCAGUUUUACCUGCAACUGUGACCAAUGAACAGAAAAAAAUGUCAGUGUUAGUUGGGAGGUGCAUCUAUAAUUUGGUGAUGACUGUGCCACUUAAGAGCCUUAGACUGAGCCAGAGCUGAGUUGCAGCGCGUACAACAUCACGUGUACUAGACCUGUGCUGUAAUUCAGUAGCCUAGAUUACAAUCAAAUAUUGGACACGACUCAUUUUUCUUCAUUGUAUCAGAUUGCGCUGCAGCUGAUAAAGAGGUGAAGUCAUGGUGCACACUGUGCCAAUGCAUGGAUAACACCUAAAUCUGGGAUUACAUCUAGAUUACAAUUCACAGUAACCUAAAAAAGAGGAUUUAGACCUUUCUUAAAAGCUGUCAGGCAGUGAUGUGUUCAAGCUGUCUCAUAAGUAUUCCUAAAAACAUUGAAAUUUGUCAUGUUUAUGGCUAAAGAGCUGGUUCCAUCAUUGAUAAUGUUGGUCCACAGUGAGUGCAGUGGACUUGAGGCCCAGUUUUUCUGUCUCGGUGCACCUAUUUUCCAUUUUUGUGUGCAGCAUCUUAUUCAGGUAAACCAUGUAAAUGUAUAUAAGCUAGUACCUUUUUUACAGCAGCCAUGUUUGGAUUCUUUUUUUAUUAAAGGCAAUGGCCACGAUUUAAAAAAAAAAAAAAAAAAAAAAAAAA